AAUCGAACGCGUUCCCUUCUUUUUAUGGUCCUUCGCGAAGACAAACUCCCUAGACGUGGCAUCGAAAGCAGCGACACCCGACUGUGGUCGAACGAAUUCGGGCAGAUUCGGGCGCGUGCGAUACGAGGCGCGCGUAGAAGGGCGCAUGCUGGGACGUGUCACGGACACGCGUGUGUCACGAUCGCGUAUACAUUUGCAUCGUGACUGGCCAGAAGGCAACGCGGCGGGACGCAAGGGGGCGGCAUUCGAGGCUUGGGAGAGCAGACAGGCGCGUAGAUAGGCCAGCUCACGGUGGCGUUUCCGCAGCGAGCUACGGAAUCAUCCCAUGCUCGUAGGCCGCCGCGUGUGGCUCGCGUUCAGAGGGUUCCUCGUCUCGUCGAUGGUCACGCGUCGUGUCAACGCGAACAGUGACCGACAGCGACACUUGACAACGUCACAACCGUACGCGUUUAAGGGUGUGCGAUGAAUUCUCACGGGAAAUAACCGCGGCAACUUUCAGAGCAAAGAGAAAUCCCGCGUAACCGUUUGCAAACUGGUUGCUAGCAUCAAGGCGGUACGUCGAGCUGCUGUGCCUACUGCUACUCGUGGUGGCGGUGGCAGUGUUAGUGGUGGCCGUGGCGGUGGUGGUGGUUUCCUAUCGUGGUGGUGCCCGUUGGUAGUCGAGAAUCGUAUCGUGGUGGUGGUGGUAGUAGUGGUGGUGCUGUCAGAGUAGUGCUGCGCCUCGUUCGACGACGGUGGCGAGGGAGAGAAGGAAAAGUGGCCCUCGAGGUUACGAGGCCAGAGGAGAAAGUGGGUGUUGCCGGAGUGACAACGGGAGGAUCAUCCGGGUCCUCGACGCCAGGACACGAGAAACAGGGGUCUCGGUGUGUAGGAUGCUCGUCGGUCGACGAUCCAGGAGUCGACGUCUCCUAACCGAGAGCCUGAUCCUCGUUGAUCGUGUGCCUCGGUGUCUUCGGCGCUGAGCAGUGGGGCACAGGAUGGCAGGAUCGAGCAGGGAACCCAGGCCAGGCCCUGAACGACAGUGUUCAUCCCUCGUGAAUCGUCGCGACAGACGAAGCUGGUCUUCGUUCGAUUAAGGGUAGCUUGGAAGGACAGCGAGAGGGGUGGUUGGUCGGCGUGGUGCUCGGCGAGAUCGAGAUGAGCGAUCUACAGGCCACUCUCGAGUUCUCCCUCGAGCUCUGCAAGUUCUACAAUGUCGACCUGUUCCAGCGUGGGUAUUACCAGAUACGAACCGCCCUCAGAGUGUCGCCGAAACUGCCUGUCAAGGUGGAAGUUAACCAGCUGCAGAACCAAUCGUUGGAGGCACCCGGAACGAGCAAGCGCUUUCAGAUCCUCUUCAGAAACGAGGAGGUGAAACUAGGCACCUCGGUCCUAUUCCGAGCACACGUGCUGGUUCACAGUCACAAGAUCGAGGAGGUCCUCUCCCGCACCCACUUCAAUCUCGGCGUCGAGCUAUGGUUCAGCGAGCCGACGCAGCCCGGGAACAUGGCGUGCGUGUCGUCUAGGGCGUUGCAGCUGAACUUCGCGCCCACGAAAGGGCUUCACUAUCAUCUGCCUGUACGCUUCGAUUACUUCCAUUUUGCCGCUGUCUCCAUCACGAUACACGCCUGCCUCGUGGCCCUUCAUCAGCCUUACAUCAAGAAGAGCAUACUUCAUUACGUGCAGAGCUGCGCCCCACGCGGAGGGAAGCCGUGGCUGCAGUUCAAACAAUCCGCGGCAAACGGAGACAACGAUGCCCAGUUAGGAAAUAUCGAAACGACGACGAGAUGCGUAGGCUCGGCCACGAGGAUACAGCACGCGAAACUGGUACAACAGGAGGUAAUCAGGUUACUUUUGGCCGCGAGGGAAUCUUUGCUCAACGAUUUAGCUGAUUUAGCGCGGCUGCUACCUUCCCGCCAGCAAAGAGCUCUCGAGCUCGCUCAGAACACGCACAAAGAGAUUACCAAGUUGCAGAUGAUGGACUCGGAGGAAACAGAUAUCGCUCAACUCUGCGCACAAAAUAUUGUCCUAUGGCAGCAUUUUCUCGAAGCCUUCUCCGGACGCGAGGCUGUCCAUCAGCAUCUAGCGAGGAUCCAUCAUCAGCUGAGGGUGAAACGUUUCGCGGAAGGUUUCUUCGUACAGGAAAAUCCCAGGAUAUCCGCAUGGGGUUGCUAUGACGCGCACUAUCAGUCGUAUCAGGCAGUGAGCGAGGCUGCACGAAGAUCGCGCUACCUCGCCUCGUUACCUCCACUUCCGGUGCACUGUCCGGAACUGGACGGGGACCUUCAUUCUCUGCCUUUGAUCUUCGAGGACCACUACGUGGAUAUGAAACAGAGGCACAGAAAUAGCGUACCCUGCAUAGACGACUGCAGUUGCGGGAUAGCAGCGAUUCUGGAGUCUCGAUCCAUGGGUAUCUGGUCGCCGAGGAGCGAGGGCGCUGCGCAGGACAUGGAGUCGGUGCAAGGUCGCCUGACGCUCACGCCCUCUAGUCUGCCCGCCAAGCACAGCAAGUCCCUGGACCAAUUGGGCCCGGACAUACCGCAAGCACAGCCGAGGACCUCGCCGAAGACCCUUCCCCGAUCGGUGUCCACGCAGCUGUUCCCGCGACAGAGGGGCGUUUCGAGGAACGUCACUCCGCCAGCGACAGUUCCUUCGAGAGGAAGGCAAAGGUCGACAGCGCCGUCCAGUAGCACGCUUUUCCCACCCUCUGGCCAGCAGGCCUGCUCCGCGCCUAACCCAUCCCUCGGCUCGACGCCCGUGGUCCCACUGCCCCGCGCUAAGUCCACGCAGAUGCUGGUGCUGCCCAGGCAGCAGGCCGAUCCUCAGAACACCUCCAUCACGUCGCUCCUGGCGGCCAUGUUCCCGGAACUGCCGCCUGGGGAACAGCUGCCUGGGUACAGACCUUCGAACAAGUCGUGCGAGCAGACUCUCACGGUGCCCACGUGCCUGCCAACCAUGGACCAUUGUCAAAUGACAGACUGCUGGAGCGAGAACAAGGCCCCCAACGUUGCUGAAGAUUACCAUUCCCUGGACACCAGAAGAAUCCGCCUAGAGCCACGCAGUCAUCGGCUAGCAGCCCGCCAACCACUAAGUACGGCCACCAACGACCAAAAUAGCUUCGUAGCGAACAAAGUGAGCGUGAACGGCGAGAGCUUCCUCCCAGAACAGCAGCCCCUUCACACAGCCACUCUGGACAGGGUGACUUACCGAGGAAAUUCGCGCAAAGAGACUCACCAGCCCGCUGGUAAAUACAGCCAGGCGAACGGACUGGAAUCUCGCAGGUACCACACGAUCGGGAAGACCUCGUCAGGGCUGAACCAGCGGAAGGUGGAGGCCCAGGACCUGAUGAACGGCGGAGGGUUGCCGAGCAGCCACUCGAUGAUGGCCGACCCUCUGUAUCAGAGGUCUAACUACACGCCGACGACCACGGAUUCGUUCUUCUAUCGCACGAAUGGCACCAGUGGACGGACCCACGGCGAGCCGGAGAGGCCCAGGAGACCCAAGAGCACAGAGAGAUUAGUGGACGACGUGGACAGGAACGAGUACUGCGAUUUCUGCAGAGAGAGGCCGAGGAGGAGAGACGAGAGACCAGGUGUCAAGUCACCGCGGAAUGGCGUGACACCGUGCUACGAGGAGAAGCACAGGAGGCCUCAGAGCGAGGACAAGAUACAGGAAGUGAGCAACGAGGUGUUCUACAAAGUCGUGACCACUAUGCCAGAGUCGAAGAAGGAGCAGAGAGUGGAGAAGAGAAAGGUUAGGUAUGGAAGGAGACCGCACUCUGCGCCUGUUUUAGAUAUAGAUCAUCCGGCUGAGGAAAGCAGGAAGUGCGGCCAUAGACACAGGAAACCGGCCCCUCCGCCCCCAGCUUAUCAGGACCCCGCAGUUGCACCGUUGCCAAAAUAUCGACCUCCGCCUCCGGUACCCACGACGAGCGUCCUGGAGGUGGAGAAUAACAAUAAAAUUAUACUGAAGGUGGAGCCCAUGAAAUCUCCCAUGGAGACAUCCGUAACGAACGGGACUUCCCCUUCGAACGUCUCGAACGCCGUAGCCCCGGCGCCGAGCGUGAAAAGACUGAGAUGCGCCAGCGUGCCAGUGGCGCAGAACAAGGUGGUGGUGCCACGCAGCGCGGUGUCCUUGCUGUGCAUGUCGAUCCGGGACAGCAAGGACAGCCUUAGCAACAAUCUUCCCGUCAUUCCGAACCCGCUCAGCCCGCCGUCCAGCAGGCCGAGCAGCCCGACCACUAGCUCCAGCUCCUCUAACCUCACGUCAGAGUGCUCCGGGUGGGUGAGCAGCGGGGACACGUCUAGCUCGGAACAGCGUCGCAACGCGAAGCUCUCUAGCGAGCAGCUACGUCAGAAACUGUCGAAGAUCGUGCCUAGAAAGGAGAGGCCAGCCCCGACUAAGGAGACUGUAGAGGAGCACUCUUACGAGGAAGUGCGACUCCCGCCUCCUAAGAUGUUCCAGGACGAGCCUCCGCCUCCGGAGGAGUUCCGUGAUCCUCCAGCUAUUAUCGAUAAUCCUUUGUACCACGUCUAUGAGACGGUAAAGCCGGUUAGAAGCCCUAAGCAGACAAAGACUGCGCCUUGUAGCCCUCAGAAGAAUAGGGACAGGGAGAGAGAAAGGGAGAGGGACCUGCCUUACGGGGCUAGGGACAUUUGCUUGGACUGCUACCAGGAGGGCAAGGAGAUACUACAAACGACACAGGACGAUGCAAUUAAUUUUAAGAAGUGCAAGGAAGAUUUCAAGAGGCAGAUGAGCUUCUCAGGGAAGAUCUACAGAGAACGCAAGGAAGCGCAGUUGCGUUUCCAUAAACGUGCCCAUUCCCUUGGAUUCGGUGACUUCCUGACCCCGUCGUCGGUAAAACCUCUAAGAUCGAAUGUGCCUCUUAGUGACUAUCCGACCCUGGCCUCGACCAUGCCGUACUUCCACAUCAGCAACGAGUACCGGCUGUUCUCGCUGAAACGGCCUCAUCUCAUCAUCUGCGUCCACGGUCUCGAUGGCAACCCUGCUGAUCUUCGUUUGGUCAAGACGUACUUGGAAAUGAGUCUUCCCGGGGCGCAUCUAAAUUUUUUAAUGUCCGAGAGGAAUCGGGGUGACACGUUCUCGGAUUUCGACACAAUGACUGAUCGAUUGGUAGCCGAGAUUCUUCACCACAUCGAGUCGUCUCGUCUGAACCCGACAAAAGUGAGCUUUAUCGGACAUUCUUUAGGGACCAUCAUCAUAAGGAACGCUCUGACGCGGCCUCAAUUACGACCGCUUCUUCCACGUUUACACACCUUCCUCAGCCUAAGCGGCCCCCACUUGGGUACAUUGUACAACACCAGUGGAUUAGUUAACGCAGGCAUGUGGUUCAUACAGAAGCUGAAGAAAUCCGGUUCGUUGCUGCAACUGGCCAUGAAAGACUCGACGGACGUCAGACGGUCGUUCAUGUUCCGCCUCAGCCAGAAGAGCAAUCUCGAGAAGUUCAAACACGUCCUCCUGUGCGGCAGCGCGCAGGAUCGAUACGUGCCGCUCCAUUCCGCGCGUAUAGAGCUGUGCAAAGCCGCCGUACGGGAUUCGACCGAUCAAGGCGCAGCGUAUCGCGAGAUGGUGCACAACAUCCUGUACCCGGUGAUGUCCACGUCCGGAGUGAGCCUGGUGAGGUACGACGUGCACCACGCGUUGCCGGCCACGGCGAACACGCUGAUUGGCCGAGCCGCGCACAUCGCCGUCCUCGAUUCCGACCUUUUCAUCGAGAAGUUCCUGCUGGUUGCUGGUCUGAAGUACUUCAGAUAAGGAACGGACUGCCUAGCGACUUGAAGGAUGAACCGAGGCAUGGGAAGAACGGAUGAGAAGAGAGGGAGAAGAUGAUAAAACCUAGUCUAAUACUAGCGAAUUAUUAGCAGCAGGGAGAGAUGAGGAAAAAUGUCGAGAGCGGAUUCUCGUAACUCUCCGUGACGUCUCCGAUCGCAUUAGGAUUAAUUAGCGCGUCCUGCUCGAUAAUUGCCCCGCUUCGACCAACCACCCCGAAUCCCUGACCACCAAUCCCCGCGAUGCUUGCUCCGUUUCUCUUCUUCCAACGAUCCGGUGAUCGUUAGAUCGAUCGGAAGCGGGGCAAUUCGACGUUUUUACACGGUUAACAAGCGGCCACUUCGUUCGAACAUGUUUUAGAUAAGAACGUCGUCGAAUCAGUUUCUCUCGUUAGGUUCCUAAGUGUCAUUCCAUCGGGCGUCGAGGCGCCGCCGACGGGCGCGCGCGCCACCCUCACCCUCCAUUGACGAUUCAUCGAGCCAUCGAACGAUAUCUAACGAAUGGACCUAUGCCUGAGCAAAGGAACGGGCCUACUUGCGGCUCCUACGCCGCAGCUGGUCUUCUCUGAACGAGGAAAAGACGGAACGGGUCGGUCGAAUGCGAGAACAGGUGGUUUCAGCCGUUUGACGCAGUGUGAUAUCGUUUUGACGAUGUUCCGAUACAGUCUGACACCGUUUCAACGCCAUUUCAUGCGAUUUCACAUCGUUUGAUACGGUUUGACGCUGUUUGACGCCGUUCUAUGCCGUUUGACACCAUGUGACGCAGCGUGAUACCGUUCUGACGAUGUUCCGAUGCAAUCUGACGUCGUUUUACACGGUUUGACGCCGUUUGUGAUUUUAAACGUCGUUUGAUACAGUGUGAUACCGUUUCGACGAUGUUGCGGUACAGUCUGACGCCAUUUAACGUCAUUUCGUGCGAUUUGACACCGUUUGAUACGGUUUGACGCUGUUUGACGCCGUUCUAUGUCGUUUGACACCAUGUGACGCAGCGUGAUACCGUUCUGACGAUGUUCCGAUGCAAUCUGACGUCGUUUUACACGGUUUAACGUCGUUUUACACGGUUUAACGCCGUUUGAUGUGAUUUUAAACGUCGUUUGAUACAGUGUGAUACCGUUUCGACGAUGUUGCGGUACAGUCUGACGCCAUUUAACGUCAUUUCGUGCGAUUUGACACCGUUUGAUACGGUUUGACGCUGUUUGACGCCGUUCUAUGUCGUUUGACACCAUGUGACGCAGCGUGAUACCGUUCUGACGAUGUUCCGAUGCAAUCUUACGUCGUUUUACACGGUUUGACGCCGUUUGAUGUGAUCUUAAACGUCGUUUGAUACAGUUUGAUACCGUUUCGACGAUAUUCCGAAACAGUCAGACGCCGUUUAACGUAAUUUCAUGCGAUUUGACACCGUUUGACGUCGUUUGAGACAGUUUGACGCGUUCACUGCUAUCCGGAAUACGCAUGGGCGAGCUUUUUAGUGAAGAUAGGAAGUGGUAGAGUGUAAAACUGUUAUUGGUUCGCUACAUUAGUCACAUUUCCGUUGGUAAUCCACAAUGUAACGCGACACCAGGUGAAGGUUAAUGGCGAUUUAUAUAUAAUACAGCGACUGGAACUCGGAUCGAAUGGGAAUUGAUGUACAAUACCUUAGUGGAAACUGGAAUUGAAACCUCCCUUCUGCGGUGAUGAUAAAUGUGAUAUAUGUAUACUGGCACAAUAACUGGUGCUCUGCUUUUUAUCUAUAGUCAAACCUGUCAUGAUAUCAUUGAUGUGCGUUCCAUUUAUUUUUCUCGUCGAGAUAGGAUCGAUCUUUUUAUAACAUUUUUGCAACAAGCAUUCCAUGUCGUCGAUUAAGAGUCAUUUGCUUCCCCACGUUUCCCUCGAUAUCCUCGAGAAACACGUUGACAUCUCUCGAUGGUAGUAAGGUUAGUUCCACGCGUUUUGUAAUACCCCGAACCAUCGAAGACUAUAACCAAUAACAGUUCACGAGCGUUCAAACGACGUGGAACCUCCUCGAACUAGCUUCGACCGAUUCCGAGUAUCGAGUAUUCGGCCUAUCGCGAACCUGAGGCUGUCGAGUGAAUUCCCAGGCGUGAAAACGAACGGAAUAGCAGAGGAAAGACGAAUAAUCAUCGUUCAAACACGAAACACGAACAAGGAUCGACCGAACGAUCCCGUCUAUCAGCGUCUAUCAUCGUCAUCGACAUCGCGUCAUCGUUUCCAACCGAAAAAUCCGUUUUAACAUCACUGCGAAAAACGAAAAAAAGAAAAAAAGAGGAAGAGACAAAACGAAAAAGAAGAUUAAGGAAAACAACAAACGUGAACUCGCCUUUUCCCCUGUUUCUUUUUAAAACUCGAGAGAACACAGCGACGCUUGACGGAUUCACCGUGGCUCCCUUUAACGUAGCCUGGUGUCGAAAAAAACGGAAAAAUUUAUGCCAAAGAAGCACACAUACACACACACACAUGCACACAUACACACACAACAAAUAAAGAAACGUACGAAGUACAUUAAAAAGUAAACAAAAAAAGCUAAAAAAUAAUUAAGACAAUGGUAAGGACACAUUGUCUAGACGCUAGGAAAGUUACGAAACGCAUGUCAAUUGUUACUCUCAGAUAAGUGUGAGUGCGUGCGGUGUGCGGAGGAUGGAUGAGACGCGUAAUGUAUGAAAGGCGAGAGAGUGAGAGUAUUCUAAUUUAAAAAGAAAGAAAAAAUUUAAAAAAAAAAUGAAGAAAUAGUGAUCGAAGAAAUCGACAAAAUGGCGAAGAAACAUUUGCGAAGAGGAGUAGAUACGCGAGGGGGAUGAAAGAGGGGUCUCGAGAUGAUCAACGUCGAAGAGAGGACGAAGAGAUCGAGAGGCAGAGGUGCGAGAUCCAUGAUGCUUUGCGUUCGAUUGGUGCAAGUGAAACGGUGAAAACUGACGAACAGGAGCAAGACGAGGAGGGGGAGGAAGAGCUGAAGAGGUGAAACGAGAACGAAGCAAGUGACUAAACAAUUUUCAGGUAUAUGAAAUCCCUCCAAUACUAGAUCUCAAUUGCUCAGAACAAUCUAAGUAAAAAUGUUAUACAUUAAUCGUAAAUCGAAGCAACGAAGACGCGUGACUACGUCGCGUCUGCUAAUUGCUAAUCGUGAGUGUCAUCGAAAGAAUGGAAGAGAGAGAGAGAGAGAGAGAGUGUGAGAGAGAGAGAGAACGUGUGUAAUUAUGACGUUUUCCAGAGGGAAACCGG